AUGGCCCACCAACUCUUGCGAACCUUGGAAUCAGUUCCAGCCAACUCCGUUCUUCCUCCAGAGAUCACAGACAAGGUCAUAGACUACCUCCACGAUCAGCCACGCGCCCUCUCCAGCUGCAGCCUGGUCUGCUCAGACUGGCUUCCGAGAUCCCGACUCCACCGCUUUCGCGACGUUAGGUUCACGGAUACCUCUGCCGUCGCUUGGUUUUGCGUCCUCCUUCCUGGAGCACCGGUGAUUGGGGGCUACAUCAGGACGUUG